AUGGAGAGGGACGACUGUCACCCAGCAACGCCUGAGUACCCACAUCCGUUCAUUCAUGUCGUGAAGCUGACCACCGCUCAGAGGAUCAGGGGCAUCAUCCUGGGCAGCAUCCUCUUCCCCCUCCGCAUCGCCCUCGCCUCCCUCUGCUUCCUCAUCAGUUGGCCGUUCGCCCGGCUGCGUCUGGCCGGUCUCUCUGAGGAGGAACGUUCGCGUCCCGUCACCGGCUGGAGGUCCUGGCUCCUCCACCCGAUCGUCUGGUUCCUGAGCCGCUCCGUCUUCUUCUGCCUGGGCUUCCUGUGGGUGAAGGUCAAAGGUCGCAGGGCGGACCUGAAGGAGGCGCCCGUGCUGGUGGUGGCGCCUCACAGCGGCUUUCUGGACAUGACGGUUCUGUUUCCUACUCAGCUCCCAACCGUGGUGUCACGGUCGGAGAACACCAGCAUACCUGUUAUAGGAGCGUGUCUGGAGUUCAACCAGGCCGUGAUGGUGAGCAGAAAGGAUCCAGAGUCGAGGAAGAAGGCGGUAACGCAGCUAACGGAGAGGCUGACGUCUAACGGAUACUGGCCUCAGAUGCUGAUGUUUCCUGAAGGAACUACCACUAACGGCAGCGCUCUUAUCAAGUUUAAACCCGGUGCCUUCCUCACCGGAGUCCCAGUCCAACCUGUUCUGUUGCAUUACCCCAACAAAGUGGAUACAGUUCGCUGGACCUACAAAGGAACAACAUGGGUUGAGGCACUGUGGCACACCGCUUCACAGCUUUACACCAACGUGACUGUCGAGUUCCUGCCCGUUUACAACCCCUCCCAGGAAGAGAAGAACGACCCCAACCUGUAUGCCGACAAUGUUCAGAAGCUCAUGGCCGAGGCCCUCAGACUCCCGGCUACAGACUAUGUGAUGGAGGGCCGGGUGCCUGUCAGUAAACUGGGCGGUCUCUCUCUCCCGCUGGAGUCACCUGCCAGAGAAACACUGUCACUGCUGCACAGAAACGGCCUCGGAGCGUCUGAGGUGGAAGCAGCGUUGGACAGAAUGAUUGACAGGUGUCAGUCAGGACCUCAGGGGCUAAAAGCCAGCGCAGAGGAGCUCGCCUCUAUUCUCGGACUGACGGAUAAACAGACAGCUACUAUCUGUGGCCUCUACUCUAAAGAUGACACAGUCGACCUCCGUCAGAUCUAUUUGAGUGUCCUUGCUCUCUCUGGAUUUGUCAGCUUCAAGUCGCUCCUUCACACAGCCUUCACUCUGUAUGACGGAGAAGGCAGCGGCAGUCUGAGUGCAGAGCAGCUGUCAGGCCUGAUGGGGGCGCUGCUGGGCGUUCCUCAGCAUCACACCACUGAGCUUUACGCCGAGGCCUCCAGUGAGGGCCGGCUUACUGAAGACGACCUCCUGCGAGUGCUGACGACCCACCCGACCUAUCAGAGAGUAGUGAACCAGCACCUGCAGCCUGACGAGGAGCUGGACGGCCCGCUGUCUAACGGGAAGGUCGUAAACAACAAUGGACACAUGCUCGACAGCAACGGAUCGCUCCACCACCACAAGAAGUUCGAAUAACGACUUUUUCAUGUUUUGUUUUUGGUAUUACAUGAAAGUGAAAGUCUGACGUCUCUUUUUAAAAUUUUUAUUACCGUCGGGUUUAUCACAUACGUGCAGAAACCGGUCCGACCGACCAGAAGAAUCAUUGACUAAGGAUUGUAUUUUUACAUUUUGUGCCAUAUAUGAAUGUAUUUUAAAAAACACUCAAUACUGUAACAUUUUAAGACAAAUCACCCUGACACAGAGACACCAAAGACUUUAUUAAUUUAUAGCUGAAUGCUACCGUGGAUUUCUGAGUGAGUGAGUAUGUGUGUUUGAGGAUGCUAAUAUAUGUGUGUAUGUUUACCAGUUUGUUUAUUUUUUUUAAAUACUCAAGAAAUCUUGUUUACAUGUUGCUCCAGAGACUGUAAAAAAAAAAAAAAAGAGUCCGUUACUGUAUACGUAUUUUUAUUUAUCACAAAAAUAUAAAUACCCUCUUAUAUUAAGGGACGAUGGCAUGUGCAAGCAAAACAAAACUAAA